AUGGAUGAAAAGAGAGUGCGAGAAGCCGUUGCAAACCGCAAGAAAUACAGGGAUGCGAACUCGCGCUACAACUUCUGGAUCGCCGGCACCGCUGCCGUUGUCCUGGCUGCCUGUGCUGCUGUUCUCUUUGGUGAAGACACAGGCCCUCUUGAGAUCUUGGUCAAUGACCCAACCCUCAUAACACACGUGAACCGGAAUGCCAAAGGCUGGCAAGCCGGUGAGGUGGCUUUUUUCAAGGGCUGGACAAUCGGUGAUGUGCAGAAACUUGGUGGAGUAAAGGUUUCAAACCAAGCAGGCAGCUUGACGGAGUGCACCCUGCCAGAUGUGACUCCUCCUCGCCACUUUGACGCUCGCGAGAGGUGGCCUCAAUGUUUCUCAAGUGUCUAUGACAUGGGAAACUGCUCUGCAAGUUGGGCCAUUGCUGUUGCUGGCUCCGUGACGAACAGGCUUUGCAUCUCGAAUCCAGAGAAUACUGAGCUUGAAUUGUCGGCACAACAGUUGCUAUCGUGCGAACGCAAGUUCGGCAAUGGUUGUGAAGGAGGUAUGCUAGAUAUGGUUUGGAGCUACAUCAAGCAGGAGGGAUUGGUGAGUUCAACUUGCUUCCCCUACAAGGCAAAUGGGACUACACCAUGUUCCUAUUGCAAUGAAGAGGAGCCAAAGCAGCUCGCAUCGAUUUGUCGACUUAGCACCGCAGACAGCAUUCGACGAGAGAUUUUCCUGAAUGGUCCUGUGGUGGCGCCUGUGACACUGAUGAACGACUUCCUGGUUUACAGGCGUGAUAAACUGCAUGUAGCUGCACGUGAGCUGUGA